UUGAGGGAGAAGGGCAGGCGUAGGGUACGGUGUGACCGAGGGCCGGGUACCUAAACAAGGCGGUCCCUAGGCAAGUGCUUGGGGCGCCUAGUGGGUAAUGCUGCUCUGCCCACCUAUACGGUACAAGUAGACGCCUCAUGUUACAAUAAACCUAACCUAAACCGGCAUUUUUUUUUCUUUUUGUGCUACAGAAAUAAAAGAUAAUAAUUUGCAAUUAAAAAAAAACCUUUGGGUCUCGGAAAUAGAAAUGUUCCGUGUUGGCGGGGCCCAGUCUGUCUGAGCCGCCAUAAAGCAAAUACAUGAAGUCUAGCGCUUCUGCCUGUGUUAUUGUGAGCGCUGCGGCAGAGUCGGACCGAAUAAAGACGCAUUCACUAACGGCACAGGCGCGACGUGCUGCAGUUCCCUGAAGCUCCACUAGGGGUCGCGGUGUAGCUGCUGCUGCUGCUUUACACUGAGUGUUAUGCUACGGAAAGGGGCAGAGCUAGGGGCUUUACACAGUGACAGAGCGCAGGAUUGCGGUGCGGGCAGCAGCUCAGUUCGUUCUCUCCGGGAUCUGACACAUUGGGCACUCGGUUUUCUUCUACAGUCUCCGGAUCCUGACAAUGACCUUCUAUGUGCAACCAUGGAUUUUCCUUCCUUGCGGGCGGAGGAGUGUGAGGGCCAAUUAAAGCUGCGAUCCUUUGCCUGAAUCAGGUGAUCGGCUGCCUGGCUGGGGGUCUCUGCCUCUGCACAAGCUUCUCCUUGGGGGUCUCUAGUCGCCUGUCGCUCCGCUGUUGCAGCUACACAGGGGGAUCCCCUGGCAGCGACUUGUUAUUAAAGGAGGGGGGGGGAUUCUCCCAUUCGGAUCCCAUAGGUGCUGCCUUGUUCUGGGUUUGUGUGCCUAUUGAUUCUGGAUUGAUCUGAAACAUGGAGGCUGUUAUAGAGAAGGAAUGCAGCGCUCUGGGGGGGCUCUUCCAGAACAUCAUCAGCGACAUGAAGGGAAGUUAUCCAGUCUGGGAAGACUUUAUAAACAAAGCAGGAAAGCUUCAGUCUCAGCUCCGGACCACAGUGGUUGCGGCUGCAGCAUUUUUGGAUGCAUUUCAGAAGGUAGCCGACAUGGCCACCAACACUCGUGGUGCCACCAGGGAAGUGGGUUCUGCCCUCACCAGGAUGUGUAUGAGGCACCGCAGCAUCGAGUCCAAGCUCAGGCAGUUCUCCAGUGCUCUGAUUGACUGCCUGAUCAACCCACUGCAAGAGCAGAUGGAGGAGUGGAAGAAGGUCGCUAACCAGCUGGAUAAGGACCAUGCAAAGGAAUACAAAAAGGCACGGCAGGAAAUCAAAAAGAAGUCGUCGGACACACUGAAACUGCAGAAGAAAGCCAAGAAAGGGAGGGGAGACAUACAGCCCCAGCUGGACAGUGCCAUGCAAGAUGUCAAUGAUAAAUACCUGCUCCUGGAAGAGACCGAGAAACAGGCAGUGAGGAAGGCGCUGAUCGAGGAGCGCAGCCGGUUCUGCUCCUUUAUAUCCAUGCUGAGGCCUGUCAUUGAGGAGGAAAUCUCCAUGCUGGGGGAGAUAACCCAUCUACAGACCAUAUCAGAAGACCUGAAAAUGCUCACCAUGGAUCCUCACAAACUGCCUUCUGCUAGUGAACAGGUGAUCCAUGAUUUGAAAGGCUCCGACUACAAUUGGUCUUACCAGACUCCACCAUCUUCUCCAAGUACGACCAUGUCUCGGAAAUCCAGUGUCUGCAGCAGUCUGAACAGCGUUAACAGUAGUGACUCCCGAUCAAGUGGUUCUCAUUCCCACUCACCCACCUCACACUAUCGCUAUCGCAGCUCCAAUCUGCCCCAGCAGGCCCCGAUGCGCCUCUCCAGCGUCUCCUCCCAUGACUCCGGCUUCAUCUCACAGGAUGCCUUUCAGUCAAAGUCUCCAUCCCCCAUGCCUCCUGAAGCUGUCAAUCAGAACUCGUCCAGCUCCGCUUCCUCAGAAGCCUCCGAAACCUGCCAGUCCGUGAGCGAGUGCAGCUCCCCCACUUCUGUGAGUUCCGGUUCUACCAUGGGAGCGUGGGCUUCUACUGACAAGUUAUCUAAUGGGUAUUGCCACUAUAGUCUGCCCAGUGAUAUGGCGCCUGUCAGUGCAGGUCCUUACUCUCAUUUCCCGCUUCCCGCCUCCCGCCCCUGGACCCGCUCUAGUUCUGCCCUCCCAGAAUGCCAUCACUAUUACACCAUUGGGCCAGGCAUGUUACCUUCAUCUAAGGUCCCCAGCUGGAAGCAGGGAGAAGAAGCAGAGGCGACUAAUGAAGAGCUAGCCCUUGCGCUGAGCAGAGGUUUGCAACUGGACACACAGAGGAGUAGCAGGGACUCCCUGCAGUGUUCUAGUGGCUACAGCACUCAGACUACUACCCCCUGCUGCUCGGAGGACACAAUCCCCUCCCAAGUUUCAGAUUACGAUUACUUUUCCGUGAGUGGCGACCAAGAGGGGGAGCAGCAAGAUUUCGACAAGUCGUCCACCAUCCCAAGAAACAGUGACAUCAGCCAAUCCUACAGGAGGAUGUUCCAAGCCAAGAGGCCAGCCUCAACAGCAGGUCUGCCUGCCGCCUUCGGCCCGGUUAUUGUAACUCCUGGUGUGGCUACCAUCAGAAGGACCCCAUCCACAAAACCAUCUGUCAGGCGUGGAACCAUAGGAGGGGGUCCUAUUCCGAUAAAGACACCAGUUAUUCCCGUUAAAACACCUACCGUGCCCGAUCUCCCGGGUGGGCUGCCUAGCGGCUUGAGUGAAGAUUACGGAGAGCAAAGUCCUGAUUCCCCUUGUGCUACAGAAAGUCCGACGCUGAUCAGCGACAUGCCUUCUUCUCUGUGGAGUGGCCAAGCCUCAGUCAACCCUCCUGUUCCAGGAACGCAAGGCUUUGUCCUGGAAGAUCAAAGGCAAACAAGGGCAGAAAAUGAUGAGGAGGAAGGUGAGCAGGUCUACUCACCUACAUUUGAUCCUAUGGUCCAAACAGACCCAGCGGUGGCAGAGCCUGGGGAGGCAGUUCAAGGAGAGAAUAUGCUGUAUGCCAUUCGCCGUGGAGUCAAACUGAAGAAAACCACCACGAAUGAUCGCUCAGCUCCGCGGUUCUCCUAGAUACGGGAUAACACAGAGGAAGGGAGCAUUGGCCAAGAAAUAACUUCACCCUGACACUUAUUUGUCUUUAAUCCAUUCCAGUUUGUGAUUGAAUUACUGUGGCUGAGCGAAUCCCCAGGGGAGGGCCCCUGGGGGCAAUAGAAAACUGUAGCAUUACCAGAAAGGGGACUGCGUAGAGAAGCAGCGUUAAUAUAUGUCCUUGUAUCCGUUCUGUAAAUAGUGAUCUUAUUUCUGCACAUUCUUAAUCCCUCCCGGCUAAUUUCCUCCUUACAGAAUUUUUUUAAAUGUUUCCAUAAGGUGCCAAAUUCGCAUUUGAAUUUUAUAUAUAAGUCUUUGUAAAUUUGAAAUGCUUCAGAUGGAAAAAGCGAAGUUCCUUCAGUGAGAAAAAGGACUGGUAUGUUAUUGGCAUUUAUUUGCACGCUUGUGAAGAGCACAUUCGUUAUCACAGGACAGUGACAUGUGAAACUGUGUUAUUUCUCUUAUUCUGUAAUUACAUUAAGCAGGAAUAAGCCACCUUUGUCGCUCCGGCCAUUGCCCAAUAUCCCUGCCUGCACCAUUCUGCAGAGAAACACUCCAUGGAACAUAUUUUUGCCACUUACCCUAUAGACACAAUAAAAACCAAUAGGGAUUCCCCAAGUAGAGUUCUCCUGCAGCUCUUAGUGGGAUGGGCUAGACAAGCUGUCUUUUUUCCUGCAGUUUUACAUGGUAUGAUCCAGGAAAGUACCCUGUUCUCCUACAGUUUCAAAUGGUAUGAUCCAGACAAGCAGCCUGUUCUCUCUUACAGCUUCACAUGGUAUGAUCCAGACAUAUAGCAUCAUUUCCUGCAUUUAUAUGGUAUGAUCCAGACAAGCAGCCUGUUCUCUCUUACAGCUUCACAUGGUAUGAUCCAGACAUAUAGCCUAAUUUCCUGCAGUUACAUGGUAUGAUCCAGACAAGCAGCCAGUUCUCUUACAGAUUCACAUGGUAUGAUCCAGACAUAUAGCCUAAUUUCCUGCAGUUACAUGGUAUGAUCCAGACAAGCAGCCUGUUCUCUUACAGAUUCACAUGGUAUGAUCCAAACAUAUAGCCCAAUUUUCUGCAGUUACAUGGUAUGAUCCAGACAAGCAGCCUGUUCUCUUACAGAUUCACAUGGUAUGAUCCAGACAUAUAGCCCAAUUUCCUGCAGUUACAUGGUAUGAUCCAGACAAGCAGCCUGUUCUUUUACAGAUUCACAUGGUAUGAUCCAGACAUAUAGCCCAAUUUUCUGCAGUUACAUGGUAUGAUCCAGACAAGCAGCCUGUUCUCUUACAGAUUCACAUGGUAUGAUCCAGACAUAUAGCCUAAUUUCCUGCAGUUACAUGGUAUGAUCCAGACAAGCAGCCUGUUCUCUUACAGAUUCACAUGGUAUGAUCCAGACAUAUAGCUUAAUUUCCUGCAGUUACAUGGGAUGAUCCAGAAAAGUAGCCUGUUAUACCACAUUUUUACAUGGUAUGAUCCAGGCAAGCAGCCUGUUCUCCCACAGUUUUACAUGGUAUGAUCCACACAAGUAGCCUGUUUUCCCACAGUUUUACAUGGUAUGAUCCAGACAAGUAGCCUGUUAUACCACAUUUUUACAUGGUAUGAUCCAGGCAAGCAGCCUGUUCUCCCACAGUUUUACAUGGUAUGAUCCACACAAGCAGCCUGUUUUCCCACAGUUUUACAUGGUUUGAUCCACACAAGUAUCCUAUUCUCCCACAGUUUUACAUGGUAUGAUCCACACAAGUAUCCUAUUCUCCCACAGUUUUACAUGGUAUGAUCCAGACAAGCAGCCGGUUUUCCUGCAGCUUUAAAUAGUAUGGUCCAGACAAGCAACCUAAACAUAACUUUAUGUCUGGAUCAUACCAAAACAUGCUGCUCUGCUGGGGGAGGUUGAUUGAAGCUGUAACCCAGCAAUGGCUGUGAGCAACCUUGGUGGCCUAACCUGUCCAUCUAUAAGUCAGUUUUAUUUUUUUCCCUUCAGCAGUCGUUUAAAUGAUUCAUGAUUACAAGCAAUAUAAUCGUUUGACUCUAUAGAGCAUGUAACAGGGGUUUUUGGGGGUCAAGAAUGCCAUCGUGACACAUGCUGUUAACUGUACAUGACCUAGAUAUCGUUGAUAGUCAGCCAUCGUUACUGGUACACGCAUCAGAAUAAGCCAUAGUGGGUUGCAGUGUUUCCGUUUUAGAUUGUUCCGAAGAUACUUUCUCCCCCUAUAAAUUUAAAGUCGGUCACCCCUGUUUUUAAAGUGUUUUCCCAUUCGUUUUAGGCAUGAGAUUUGUAUUAUUUGGUUUUGUACAUCGGAGCGAGGAGCCGAGGAACAUUGCAGAGCAACUUCCACUCGACUCUUUCCCUGCGCUGACCUGAAUUCCUUUAUUGGUUCCACCCACUCACCCCUUUAUUUGUACUCACAUGGUCUCACCCAGCACUCACACCAUGAAGAGAUCGUUCUGUCUGUGGUAAUUAGAAUCCUAGCGAAAUAGGCAAAAUACGGCAAUGAUACGGCCAAUGAAACAGUAGCAGGGAGUCGGCGGCAGAAAUGCGGAUUCCCCCACAGAUACGCCCAGCUGGCUGGGUGGCUUUACUUCCUAUUCAACAAAAGUCAUGUUAAUAAAGAGUUAAAAAAAAAAAAGGGGGGGGGGGGAUAUUUUUGAGCCCAAUUUGGCCCAAGAGGAAAGAUAGAAGAAAGGGACAGAGAAACAAAAGGCUGUUUAGUGUUAAUCUAUGUGACUUCCCCCCUAUCCUGUAUUCAUUGUCAUGUAUUAUUGGAAUGUUUAUUUGAUGGAGAUAGUAUUAUAGACAUUUGUUUCCUUGGGAAGAAAAAUAUAAAUAUAAACAUAUACUGUUGUACCAAUAAAGGUCAUUCUUUUUGUUCCACUUCCACGUCAGCA